AUGUAUAAAAGCAUAUUACACAACGAAUCCAUGAAUUACAAGAAGGUGUCAACCUAUGCAUUCCUUUCGCUCUCUCUUCUCGUCUUUAUAGGCACCAUCAUCCUGUUAAUUAUAUCGUGUAGGCAGGAUAAAAUAUUCGAACGGGGACAGACGCGCACCUUUUACAGAGCAAAGAAUAACAAGAUAAACUUGGAGAUGACAAAGGAAGAUUUUUAUACCGAAACAUCUACCAUGCUACUGUUUAACGCAUCUAAAGAUACGUUCGUCUUCAUAUACAAUGACAACCAGAUUAAAAUACUGUCGAGAGAUGAGUUAGAAAUGUUUUCAGAUGAGUUUUUGAAGAAGAGAGUAUCUCCUUUCGCAGAAAUAUUGUUGAAGUACAUUGAGUUGAGCAGGAUUAUUUCGUUACCAAUACUCAGAUUCGAAAAAACGAUGGGAAAGCUUAUCAUCAACAACCGAGAUUAUACGCACGACCUGGCUAGUUAUAGCAAUUUCUGUAUAAGUUUCCUAGCAAAUUCAGAACAAGAUAAGUAAAUGGUGGUGUGCGGUCAAAUAAAGAUGAUGUGUCUGUAGAUCAGAUGUUAUA